UCCGAGAAAAAAACUUUCUAUUUUAACUGCGUAGUAGAUGACGUCAUCUAACAGGUUUGAACUUGUUUUCGGCCUAGAGUGGGGAUACUGAGCUGAGCGCUGAGCUCGCAGCAGCAGUCAGUCUACAUCGAGAAACGUUCUAGUUAACAGCUUGUGCAAAUGGAUAAUAAAUUCAGUGAAAGUGAAAGAAUUUUUCUCUUACAUAACCGGCCGUACACUGAUAAUCUUGACGAUAUUAUUGAAUCGUUAUUUGGUGACAUACCUCCUGAGGAUAUUGGUAAAUUUAUUAAUGAUGUAAUUGCAUUUGCCAAAAAUAUUGAAAUUAUUGAAAGUGCGCGAGAAGUAUCGUGUCCAGGCUGUGCUGAAAAAAGAAAGUUAGCGAAGAAUCUAUUUGAAAUUAGUGAAAAAACGGAAAAACUGCAAUUACGCAUGCUUGGAAAGUCAUAAAAAAUGGCUCGUCGAGGUUCAAGACUUCAUGUAUGCACUGAUGAGUGUAACCACGAUGCCCAAAUCGAGUUCGAAGACAUAAGCGAAGAAAGUGAUAUUUUCGAGGACGGCGCUAUUCCCAAUUCCUAUUAUUAUAGAAACGCGAAUGAGGAAAAAAACAAAGAAUUGACUAUCCGAAGAAAAGAAAUCAACUUACAACUGUCUCAUUGGAAAGAAUUAUUAUUAAACUUUAAUGAUCGCAAAGAUUACGAAGAAGCGUGUCAUAAAAUCACAUUCUUAUUAACUAAGUCAUUGUUUAAAGCUAACAAACCGCAAUAAUGGAACUAAUAAUUGAUUUUGUGGGUUUUGAGAUGCCUGAUGGCAGAUUUGUGAUGAAAGAACUUUGUGCUAGUGAUAUUUGUGUUGAAGUCAAUCCAUAUAAACGUGUGCAAUGUGAACAUUGGUUAUUUGAACCACCUUUAGAUCAGAUUGAUGUUGCAGUAAUGCAAAAAAGUGUUGAUCAUUGUGGACUUCAACAUUCAAUUUCAUGGACAUCUGGUGUACAACCAUAUGAAUCAUUGAAAGAAAAUCUAGAUAUUUUGGUGAAAAAUGCACGUUACUUUUACGUUCAAGGUGAACGAAAGAAAAAAUGGCUUGAUAAUCUAAUUGACUCUGUUGUACCUAUAAUUGAUAUGGAAAAACUAAGACAUUUUUCUCUAUUUGAUGCUUAUGAUUUUCCAAAACAUCGCUGUCCAUACCAUGUUCAUCAUAAGAAAAAAUUUUAUUCUUCAUGUGCUUAUCAAAAUGUUCAAUUUUUCAAGAAGUGGUUUUGGACUUGUUAUGGAAACCAACCGACCUAUGAAAAGUCGGUUCAGAUCUUCAAUCAGUUGGGGAACUUACUGUGUAUGGAUAAUCAAGAUAUCGCAUGUCUUGAUGUUGCAUUUAUCAUUGAAAAUGCAACCCAACAAAUCGAUUUCGCUUGGCACAAACUACCGGAACGAUUACAAAAUAAUGAAAAAUUGAUUGGAUAUCAAAGGUGUCGAGAUCAUUCUCUUUUCUAUGAUGAUAUCCCUGAUAGCCUUGCAUAUCCAUUCAGAAAAGAUUGCUGCAAUUGUACUUUUUAGGUUAAGAAAAAUAUCUAUAGUUUAUUAUAUAUUUGAGGUUAUGUAAGACUGAAAAAAUGUAUAUUUUUAGGUUAAGAAAAA